GGAAAUUAUUGUUCCUGGUUGGAGGCGGCGCCUAUCGGUCUUUGCCGCGUGAAGGGAAGCGAAGCAAACCCUAACCCUAGAUCUCGAAUGGCGUCGUUCGCGGAGGCUCCUCCCGGCAAUGCGAAGGCCGGGGAGAAGAUCUUCAAGACGAAGUGCGCCCAGUGCCACACGGUCGAGAAGGGGGCCGGACACAAGCAAGGACCUAAUUUGAAUGGACUUUUUGGAAGGCAAUCUGGUACCACACCUGGUUAUUCGUACUCUGCUGCAAACAAGAACAUGGCUGUGACAUGGGAGGAGUCAACAUUGUAUGCUUACUUGCUUAAUCCUAAAAAGUACAUUCCUGGUACCAAGAUGGUUUUCCCUGGACUGAAGAAGCCACAGGAGCGUGCGGACCUUAUUGCUUAUCUCAAAGAGUCCACAGCACCUUAAAUCCGUUACAACCUAUUAUACCGCGGACAAAUUUUUUGGGCAAAUAAGACCUGAAGGGUCAUCCUGCUUUUUUCAAAGCGGUGGAGCCAUAAAAACAUUUAUUCUUUGACGAGUUCCUCUUAAAUUGUUUCCAUCUACCAAGGGAUUGUUUCCCUGAGAUAAAUUUAUUUUGGCUGUAAAAUUUAGCUCUGCAACAUUUCCAGGAAUACCAGUAAUUGUGAGAUCAUUUGUGACAUCCAGCAGAUGCCCCAAAAUUAACAAAUAACCAUUAUUCAGGACAA